ACGCAUUUGUCAAUAUGCUGAUGAGAUGCUGAUUUAUGCCUGAUUGGGUGCUCUAACACUUACAUAACGUCUGACUGAAUUUAGAAGAUAUUAAUAUUUGCAACUACCUCUGUGUCAAAAUACAAAUGACAAUGCUUCUAAGCAAUGCCAUCCGUCUUCCGAAAAUAUCAUAUGGCACAUACAAAGUUAGCAGCAAGAACAUGGAAGAGCUCCUAGAUGUGGCAUUGUCGGCAGGAUACAGAUCCAUAGGUAAUUCCAUUUGGGUACCUAUUGUAUGUGAUCAAUUGAUUGAUAGACAUGCAGGCUAGAUGACCAGACAGCAAAACAUGACAAUGGGGCUAACAAAUAGCACCAGCUAGAGUGACAUCUGCACCGGGCUGCUACACCAACUGGUCUGGAAAUUUGCACCAGCUGCAUCAAAACAAAGCCAGAAACUUAUUGUGGAGUCUAUAAGCCUGCGCUUGUGAUUAGACAAUAACUGCAAUAUAAAUGUAUUUCUUACUUGGCCAACCCAGUUGUGUCACCCAUUCAUCUUUUAUUCAGCCAACACUCAUCUCUUUGCAUCAGCAGUUCAGCAGGCAGUCAACACAGUUCAUUUCAGCCUGAUUGCAAAGCAUGGCAACAGGAUCAGCAUUCAGCAAGACACACCAGCAAGGGUGACAAAUCUGCCCCAGCUUGUAUCAUCCUGGCUGGGAAUCUGCACCAGACUGCAUGGAAUGAAACCUGGAACUUUUGCUGCAUGAUACAUAGACAUGCACUUGGGAAUGGAUGAGCAAUCAGUUCUUCCCUGGCUGACCCUGGUGUGUCCUGUGCAUCAUUUUCGGACCAUGCUGCACCAGCUUGUGACGGGGUUCAGCAGUCAGCAGCACAGCAUCGCUCAACGCUCCACGGAAACUCCGCGCCACGACACUGCCGAGGGGUACCGGAACGAGGCUUCCAUCGGAGCCGCUCUCUCUCGCCUGCUUCCGGCCCAUUCCCUGACCCGGCAGGACGUCUUCAUCACCAGUAAACUGGCCCCGCGCAGCCAGGGCUACGAGCGGUGUCAGGCGGCGGUGGCGGCCUCUCUAAAGGCGCUGCAGACAGACUACAUCGACCUCUAUCUCAUACACUGGCCAGGAGCCUCCGGACUGGAGCCGGACGACCCCCGUCACGCCCAGCUGCGGGCCGAUUCCUGGCGCGCCCUGGAGCAGCUGCUGGCCGAGGGCACGCUGCGCGCCAUCGGCGUCUCCAACUACGGCGUGCCGCACCUUCAGCAGCUGCUGGACACGUGCCAGACGGCGCCGCACGUCAACCAGGUCGAGGUCCACCCAUACUUCCAACAGAAGGAGCUCAGAGAGUUUUGCGGACAGCACAAGAUUCAUGUUCAGGCCUACUCCUCUUUAGGUACGACAGUGGAGGUGAGCCCCCUGCUGGUCGACCCCGUGGUACAACAGGUGGCCGAGGAGGUGGGCAGGACCCCCGCCCAGGUGCUGCUCAAGUGGGCACUGCAGCAUUCUCUCAGCGUCAUACCCAAGUCAACCAAUCCGCAGCAUAUGAGGGAGAAUCUGGAACUAGAGUUUUCUCUAGAUGGCCAACAGAUGGCUCUGCUGGACGGUCUGGAACGGAAUACCAAGUUCGCUUGGGAUUCGCGUGUCGUGGCAUAACGAAAUCUCUCCGCUGAAUUUUACCGAGCAUGUACCUAUUCUCUUGUAUGUAGGCAACGCUUGUUCAUGCGAGGCGAAAUGUGUCUGUGAUAACUGAUAUGUUUGCCGCUGCGAUUAGGGCCAGUGGCGUUGUAGUACAUGAACACGGUGUGACCCGUGACCGGUAGCGGUCGCUGAGGCCGUAAUAAGCACAGCCAACAGUGGAUUUGCGCUUCUGAUAUUGUCCGGGGCCCGUGUGAAUGAAAUAGGUGUUGGAGCCGGCAGAGAAGUGGCAUACGGGGACGAGCAGCGGCGCGGGCGAUGAACUCUCCCGCAGCGGUCAUGCUGAUGAGUGCUUUGAAAUUGUGCUUUUAGCUCUAUGGGCUCAAUCGUGGUAUGAUGUGUGAUGCACGGCGCCGUCUACAGGUCCACUGACAAUGAACUUUGUUUAUUCAAUAUUGCGCUCCUUGGUUUUGUAAGGCAGUAGGUCAUUGCAGUGUGCAAGAUGAAUACUUUGUAUUGCACCCAUCAUUUUGCAAAUAAAUGAUGCCUGUUCAAAUCGUA